GAGAGUGCAGGGUAUUUAACAUUCUGCCCCGGACAGCAAGCAGGUUGUUGCGCAUGCGCAGCCCAUUGACCGUGCAUGAAUACGGAGCGAGGAGAGGACAGCAGCACAGGGAGGACCAGGAGGACAUGGAGGGACCCAUCUGCACCCCCGGGGAGAAGAAGAAGAAGAAACAUGAGGAAGAGGAGGAGGAGAAGAAGAAGAUCCCGGACAGGGUGACUCUGAAGAAGGAGAUUGGGCUGCUGAGUGCAUGCACCAUCAUCAUAGGGAACAUCAUCGGCUCCGGGAUCUUCAUCUCUCCAAAGGGGGUCCUGGAGCACUCUGGCUCGGUGGGCGUGGCCCUGGUGGUCUGGGUGAUGGGUGGCUGCAUCGCGGCGCUAGGCUCGCUCUGCUACGCUGAACUGGGCGUCACUAUCCCCAAAUCCGGAGGAGACUACUCCUAUGUGACGGAGAUAUUCGGAGGUUUGAUGGGGUUCCUGCUGUUGUGGAGUGCCGUCCUCAUCAUGUACCCGACCACGCUGGCCGUCAUCGCGCUCACCUUCUCCAACUACGUCCUGCAGCCCGUCUUCCCCGACUGCGUUCCUCCGUACAUGGCAACACGCAUGCUGUCCACCGUCUGCCUCCUGCUGCUGACCUGGGUGAACUGCUCCAGCGUCCGCAUGGCGACGAGGAUCCAGGACGUGUUCACGGUGGGGAAGCUGAUGGCGCUGGGUCUCAUCAUCGUGGUCGGCCUCGUCCAGAUCUGCAACGGGAACUAUGAGGCUCUGACUCCUCAGGUGGCGUUCUCCAUGGAAAGGACUCCGACAGUCGGUCAGAUCGCACUCGCUUUCCUUCAGGCGUCCUUCGCCUUCAGCGGCUGGAACUUCCUCAACUACGUCACGGAGGAGGUGGUGGAACCCAGACGGAAUCUACCUCGUGCCAUCUACAUCUCCAUCCCGCUGGUGACCGUUGUGUACACACUCACCAACAUCGCUUAUUUCUCCUCCAUGUCGCCCGAGGAACUGCUGUCCUCCAACGCUGUGGCCGUAACGUUUGGAGAGAAGCUGCUGGGGAUGUUCUCCGUCAUCAUGCCCAUCUCCGUGGCUCUGUCCACCUUCGGAGGGAUCAACGGAUACCUGUUCACCUCCUCCAGGUUGUGUUUCUCUGGCGCUCGAGAGGGUCACCUGCCCAGUCUGUUGGCUAUGAUCCAUUAUAAGAACUGCACCCCCAUCCCCGCUCUGCUGGUCUGCUGUGCUGCCACCAUAGUGAUCCUGUGCAUCGGAGAGACUCACAACCUGAUAAACUACGUGUCUUUCAUCAACUAUCUGUCGUACGGAGUCACCAUCGCAGGCCUGCUGUAUCACCGCUGGAAGAAACCCAACAUUUACCGACCCAUCAAGGUGAGCCUGCUGGUGCCGCUCAGCUACCUGCUGUUCUGGGCUCUGCUGCUGGGCUUCAGUCUGUACUCGGAGCCCGUGGUGUGCGGCGUCGGCCUCGUCAUCAUGCUCACCGGCGUGCCCGUCUACUUCCUGGGAGUCCACUGGAAAGAGAAACCAAAGUGCAUCUACAAAUUCAUCGAGAGAGCGACGUACGUGGGCCAGCGGUUGUGUUUCGUGGUUUUUCCUCAGAUCGACCCCAUCGAGAACGAGCACCCUGCAGAAUGGACUGACCGUUCUUCAGGCAGGAGCAGUUUCUCCGCCAACUCCUAGAAACUUUUCCUCCACAUACACGAGGACCUUUUGUUUUGUUUGUUUUUAUUCUGUGUAAGUUGAGACACUUCCUCCGGCUCCGGGCACUUCCUGUCUGACCUUUGACCUUCGGAGACUCUCUGCAAGUCGAGUGGAAACGUUUUUAUUUUCUUCUCUUUUUGCUACUAAGUCUUCAAGUUACAACAACCUAAUGCCAGCAGCUGUUGAAAGUGACUUUUAUUCACAUUUUGGACCCUUUUUUUUCUGACAGUACUCUGAGCGACUGGCGGCUUUUUCUGCUGAAAGUUUCCGCUCUUUUUUCGUGCCUUAAUACGUUGGCCAACAGCUACAAGCGGCCCAAGACAUUUCCAUCAGGAGAAACGCGCUGCACAGUCUCCAGCUGUGUGCGUCACUCUUUAGUGUCCCCCGGUCUCCC